CAUCUUUGCCUGCAAGUGUGAGGCAUGAGGUCGCUUUAAGAGACAUCUCAGCUCCUACCAGUGGUCCUGACAGGACACCACCUACCUCCUCCUCGACCACAAACUCUCAGCUUUGUCUCACUUGAUGCACAGCGGCGCGAAGAAGUCCUGGAAGAAAUAAGACUCGAAAAGCAGUUGGCACCUACCAACAGAGGUCUCCUUCACCUGUCCGGAGCUGAGAAAGUCCGCCCAAGUGCGAGCAGACGCACAGCUGCAGAGGGACAGUGCAUCCAGGACAGAGCUACAAAGACCGAGGGCCACAAAGGAAGACUGCUUUAAAGACUGGCUGAGCUUAAGGAUUAGGGAAAACUCUUAUUUAAAAUUUAAAUAUCAUUCAUAACAUAAUUACAGCAGGUGCUGCAAAACAAUCUGGUUCGAUUGGUCCUCUGUGUUCGAAGUGAGCCUGGGAAAACCAUCGCCAUGGAGCUGCAGCACAGCACCAAUCACAACCAAGCCUCGUGGAAAGAGAUACCGUGGAAUUCGACCGAGGACUGCUUGCUGUCGGUGAGUGGAACCACGUUACUCAUCAUUGCUUACAGUACAGUCAUGGCAGUGGGGCUCAUUGGAAACUCGUGCCUGGUGUUUGUCAUCGCACGGCACAAAGAGAUGCACAACGUGACCAACAUCUUCAUUGUCAAUCUGUCCUGCUCAGACAUUCUCACGUGCAUUAUAUGCCUGCCGGUCACUAUUAUCUACACACUGAUGGACCACUGGAUCUUAGGAGAGACCCUCUGCAAGCUCACACCUUUCAUCCAGUGUAUAUCAGUCACUGUCUCCAUCUUCUCCCUCGUUCUGAUCGCCAUGGAGCGCUACCAGCUUAUCGUCCACCCAACAGGAUGGAAACCCAUGGUAGCCCACUCCUACCUGGCUGUGGCUGUUACCUGGAUUGUGGCCUGCAUAAUCUCAGUGCCUUUGCUUUCCUACAACGUACUCAUUUUGCCUUUUCAGAACUUCAGCACUCCACUCCCAAUAAAUGACAACUUUAUUUGCAUGGAGCAGUGGCCGUCAGUUAAGGAACGGCGAGCUUACUUCACCUCCCUGCUCGUCUUUCAGUACUUCCUCCCGCUUAUCCUCAUCAUGGUCUGCUACCUGCACGUCUACCUUCGUCUGAGGAGGAGGAAGGACAUGGUGGACCGCGGCAGGAACACCACUCAGAAAAAGAACAAGGGCUCCACGAGGAUCAACGCCAUGUUAGUCGCCAUAGUCGUGGCCUUUGCCCUCUCCUGGCUCCCGCUCAAUGUCUUCAACACGGUGUUUGACUGGCACCACGAGCUCAUCCCAUCUUGCAGCCAUGACAUCAUCUUCUCGCUGUGCCACCUCACUGCCAUGAUCUCCACCUGCGUCAACCCAAUCAUCUACGGUUUCCUCAACAGCAAUUUCCAGAAACAGCUCAAGUCCACGCUGCUGCGCUGCCGCUGCUGGGCCGUGGUGGAGAGGUACGAGAGCGUGCCGCUCUCCACCGUCAGCACAGAGGUCACCAAGGGGUCGAUUUUGAGCAACGGCUCUGUCAGCAACAAUACAUAAAUCCAUACUUGGUGCAAAGGUUGGACAGGUUUACACGAUAUUUACAGUACGUAUAGUCUUUUCCCCCACGUGCUGUUGCAUAUAAAAAAAGAGGAGAUGCCUUUUUACUCUGUUACACCAUGUUUUCUCUCUGCAAUGAUCUGCUUGGAAAUCAUGUUUAAAUGCAUAUUAGCUGUCUGCCUUUAACACUUCCAAACCCAAGAGAGUGCUGGAAGGACAAAAAAGCAGGUGGGUUGUGGAGCAGCAAAUGUUGUUUUGUUUUGUGUUUUUAAUUUUUUAUCUGGUGUUAAUAGUGAUGACGAAAACAGCGAGGGGUUGUGAACCGCAACGUGUAAAUGAUUAUCAACAGAGUAGCUUAGAAUACAACCAAAGGAGGGAACAUUUGUGCAUUAGAUGUAGCUCUAGGCGGAGGACUUACCGGCAUCAUUUUAAUGCAUUUCUUAUUACCUAAACCCGCCACCGUCGUCGCUUUAAUGGUCUUUUGCAGAGAACCUUGGCAAAAGAUGCAUUUCAUGCUGUUUGACACGUCCAUACUCCUGUGUGUGUGUGUGUGUGUGUGUGUGUGUGUGUAUACAGAUGUGUAGGGGGUCAUAAAAUGUGCGACACGGCCACCAUUUCUCAAUCGCAAUAAAACGAAAUAGAAGUGGCAGUAAAGGACAAGAGCGGGCUCCUUCCGUUGUAUAUAAGAUAAAGCACAGUUUUAGCGUGUGGUGUGCAAUAAAACGCACUGUGUAGCAUAGCACUAUAGAAAGUAUCUCUAGGAAAUGUGUUGUUGUAAUAUUUGGUUCAUGUUUAGCUCUUGUACUGACUUUUUUUUUUUAAUUUAAACUCUUUUCUUUGUUUCUGCCUUGCUUUACAUGCUGGUUUGAAGCUGUCAUCUUGCAGGUCAAGUUACCCAGGAAAGUA